GACAGAAUGACAUGCAGCCACCAGAGACACAACAGUUUAGACUGGGCGAACAACUCCUAACUACAACACAAUUUUUUCCAUAUACUGUAGGCUAAUGAUAUCCAGAUCUUUUGCCUGAUUAAGUAACUAAUACCGGGAUCAGGAUUUCCUGUGGCUUCUCUGUAGUUCAACUGUUCUCGUGGCAACAGUUGACCAACAGCUCCAGAUGAGCCUGCUGAAGACCUAUUCUGAUGGGAUGCUGAAGCAGUCUCCGCCCUUACGUCCUGCCUUUCUCAGUGAUGGGGAUCUGACAGAGAUUCAGCUGCACUCCGUCGAAUCUAUUAAUGACCUGCACCGACACCACUCUGAACAAAAAGGAGGCAGACCACCCUUCCAUCCUUUCUCUCUUCCAUCCAAUGGGAAUGUGUCAACCCCAGUUCUCAGAACUUCAGCUCGUCAAACGGCUCAACCUCCACAAGAUGCUGUGAAGUAUUACCCACACCUUCUGAUAUGUGCAAGCCUAGGCCUCCUCCUGGUCACCCUCGCGGUCAUUCUCUUUGUCAUAGUCAAGCAGGCCAGUACUGUGAGCUCUCUGUCGGAGCUGCUGCUUCAGAAUCAGGGCCGUGCGCAGGAGGUGGCUGAGCUCAAGCACAAGUUGCAGCUCCUGGAGAGGAACCUCAACGCCACGGGCCACUGACACGCUAGCUCUCCCCUCCCCUCCCCUCCCCUCCUCAACCCUCCCCACCCCCCCCAACCCCACAGCACCCUGCAGUCUCAACUGGAGCCUGCCCACCAGCUCAAUUUACCACAAUCAUGCGCCACUCUUACAGCACUUACUGUGCAAUAGCUGUGGGCUGUGGAAAAUUUCGACCUAAGUUUACACCGUCUUGUGUAUGUGUAAUUUUCUGACUACUAGGACCAUGCUCUUUUUGGAGCAACUUAUGUAUUCAUGUUAUUGAUUUAAAAGUGUUCCUUUGAUAAUAAACGGUAGAAAAUG